AUGGCCGCCAGCGCAGCAUUUGGCUUUUCAAUAUUCUCUUUCGCUGCCUCAGCCUUCGUCAAGUCCACCCACUGUCGGAAAUGCUGCUGCAUCUUGGCGUGUAUGGCGUCUAACCAGAUUUUCUCUAUCGUCUUACGCAGGAGAUGGUUCUUCCUCGCCAUCUUCAAGGAUCCGUUCCGUCGCGGCCAGCACAUCUUGGUGCUGUGCGACUGCCUGAAGCCCGACAUGACGCCCAUCGCCAACAACACGCGUGCUGACGCUGCUCGUGUCAUGAAGGCUGCUGAGGGCGAGGAGCCGUGGUUCGGUAUUGAGCAGGAGUACACUCUGUUCGAGAAGGACGGCGUGACCCCGUACGGCUGGCCGAAGGGAGGUUUCCCUGGUCCGCAGGGUCCGUACUACUGCGGUGCCGGUGCGCACUCGGUGUUCGGCCGUAUCAUUGUGGACGCUCACUACCGCGCAUCGCUGUACGCUGGCAUCAACAUCUCUGGCAUCAACGCCGAGGUGAUGCCUGGCCAGUGGGAGUACCAGGUGGGUCCGUGCACGGGCAUUGAGUCUGGCGACCACCUGUGGAUGUCUCGCUACAUUCUGCUGCGUGUGUGCGAGGACUUUGGCGUGAACGUGUCGUGGGACCCGAAGCCGAUCCCUGGCGACUGGAACGGCGCUGGCUGCCACACCAACUACUCGACCAAGGCGAUGCGUGAGGAGGGCGGCAUGGCCAAGAUCAUCGAGGCCAUCGAGAAGAUGAAGCUGAAGCACAAGGAGCACAUUGCGGCGUACGGCACGGGCAACGAGCGUCGUCUGACGGGCCGCCACGAGACGGCCAGCAUGGACACGUUCUCGUACGGCGUGGCCAACCGUGGCGCGUCGAUCCGCAUUCCGCGUGUGGCGGAGGCCGAGGGCAAGGGCUACUUCGAGGACCGUCGCCCAGCGUCCAACAUGGACCCGUACGUGGUGACUGGCCGCAUCAUCAAGACGACGAUCUUGAACGAGGCAUAAGUCUCAAGGUUAAAGUGGUAGAUUUCGACUGGUAGCGGGUUGCAGCUGCUGGUUCCAGAGCAGAGCUGCCCGUAGCUAUUGUCACCGCGAUCGCUUCUCUUUGUUUUGUCGUGGAGGAGUGAGUAGCGGUGUUUCCUAUAUAUGCUUAGUGAGAGAAGAAAAAUACAGAACUUCCUAUGAUAGCUUCU